AUAAUUACCUUGCACAGUGUUUCGGCGUUUCUUUUGUAUCGCAAUUUCGCAUUGCACGAACCGUCGUGUUGUCUGUCCAGUUUUCGAUUUGUAUUUGCGUGACAAUUGCUUAUAAAAUUUAGUGAAAAACAGAUUGUGCAGUGAUAGUUUAUUGCUGUUAUACAGUAUUUGCAACAAUGGAGGAUGCCACCAUCCGGAUCACGCACUAUAUCAAUCCGCACAUGUUCUGGUACAAGCCGGUGUCGGCUUAUGUACACAAUCUGGAAGAGAAGCGAUUCCAGCUGGCUAUUGACGAAUACUGCGAGGAAAAUUUUCGACAAGCGAAUGCUGACCGAGAUUACGAUGCGUUCCCAGGGGAGACUGUUGCGGUGUUAGAUUUCGACCGUAAUAAAUGGUGCCGAUGUAUUGUGGACGAAGUUCUUCAAUCCAAAGAUAAUGAGAAGCGUUACCGGCUGUGGGCGAUUGACGACGGCGUUCCCAUUCAGUCGUCGGCGCAAUAUGUGAAUAUUUUACCGCAGAAGUUCUCCGAUGUAAGCAGUAAAGUGAAAAGAGGAGCCAUUAAAAACCUUCUUCCAUCUGAAUGUGUUUAUGACGCCCAGGCUGAUAAACUGGUAUCGAAGGGCACACCACGGUGGGACAGUAACGCUUGCAAUGUUCUGCAGUCGAUGAUUCAGAACAGCAGCAACAUUUACUUUCGAAAUGUUACCAAGCAUCAGGUGCAUAACGUACUGGUAAAUUUCGGUGAUUUGGAGAUUGUUACUCAGAAGGAUAAUCGCUUCGAUGCGGCUCGGGUCUUGACAGAGAUUCGUCAUGCAACCGAGGUGGAACCCAGUGAUUUUAUUACGAGACUUUCAGAAAUUCAGACGAUGAGCGCAAAUCGCUCUUUGGCGAAUGACACAAAUGCAGUUGCUAGAAGAAAUAAAACACACUCUGCAAGCCCCAUGAAACCGCGAUAUGAGCGUAAUGUUAUCAGCAAGAUCACCAAUGGCACGGGUAAUUAUGAAACCCAUUCUCGUGACCUGGAGUUGAACGGGGUUGAUGAAGAAGAUUUUGAUGAAAGUGCCAGCAUGAUUAGACCCAAUCAUGUUCGCGAGUAUUCACAGCACCAACCAUCGGUUGAAGCUAUCGCGGAGAAUUCGCUCUCCGAAGAAGAGCUUUAUCCAGUGGCAUCGACACGAGUGCAAAACGCGAAAAACUUGCAAUACGAAAUACAACUUUGGCAACAAAAACCACGACCAUACGAUCCAAAAACUAUUGAAAAUUUAUACAUUAACAGCGAUCGACAAUCAGAACACUUGAAAAGUUCUUCUUCUAGCAACUCGCUCGAUAGGCCAUCGUAUGAGAAGCCCAAACUUGACGAAUCAUUUGAAAAACCCAAGUCGACCGUGUCAUUCCUUACUAAGCUAGAACUUCGUAAGAAACAACGAGCCGCUCAAAAAGCGGCAACUGUUCAGGAAGAGCCGGUGCAAGAAUCCCCAUCACCUCAAACGAACGGCGGCGAACGUUACUCCAGCAUUAACAUCAUUCCAGCCGGGUUCAAUAUGGGCAACGUAGCCUUCGACAACGGACGGGUUGUGGCUGGUGAUUCUUCCGAUUCUUCGGAGCGCAAGGGCAAGCAACGAACUUCACCAAACUUUCGUCCGAGACAGCAACAAACCAAACAGUCCCCGCAAAGACCGUCCCAAAGUCGCAAUUCAUCGUCAGAUGAGCAGCACCAGCAGCAAAAUUAUCGACCACGAGCUAGCAACGAUUUUUCCGAGACAAACGGUCGUGUUUAUGUAUCGAAAAAUGCGAGCCGAUUCGACCAGCUUAUCGAGGAGGAAGCAUGCGUUCGGUCAAGACUGUGCCACCAGCGGUUGCUCGUCCAUGGCCAGCGUGUUCCGAAGCCGAUCGAUCGGGUAGAGAGCGCCAACUUCUGUCCCGAGGUGCACCGGGAGCUCGGCAUGUUUAACUUCAACUCGAUUCAUCGCGUUCAGACCUACUCGUGGCCCCACAUUCUGCGAGGGAAUUCUUUUUUCUGCGUGAACGCAGCAGGAACGGGGAAAACGUUUGCCUUUCUGCCGGCAGUGUGUUCUUCGGUCAUGAAAAUGCAUGACGAAGAACUGGUAGCCAAGGGAGCAGGACCAAUGGCGAUCAUCAUUUGCAAAUCGUCCAGAGAAGUACAAAGGGUGGCAAGCUACUGCCGGAAGAUGCUCAAUUCUUCGAUCAACAAAGCAAUGGUUGUGGUGGAAGCUUUCGGAGCCCGGGAUAUCACCAAAGCAUGCAAUUUACUACUGAAUGGCUGUGCAAUUUUAGUUGCAACUGCUCCUGGGUAUCGACGAGUGUUCGAAGGCAUGGCCAAUGCUUUCACCAAAGAACGAAUUCAGUGCGUUGUGAUUGAUAACAUAGACAACAUCAUCGAACGGUUCGGUAGCGAGCUACAAUUGCUUUGUAAAACUUGUGAUAAAGCUGAACUACAGAUGGUUGUGACUGCCACAUAUUGGAAUCCGUUGUUCUUCGGUUUCUUGAAAAAGUACAAAAAUAUGAUUAUCUGUAUAGGAGCGUAUCUCGAAGCGGCCAUCUAUGGCAAAUCGAAUCUAGUCCUGAAGUUGCAAACAAAGGAGCAGAAGAUUCACGAAAUUAUCAGAUUCGUUAAGGAACAUGAUUACCACAAUGAACGGACUCUGAUUGUAUGUAGCGAAGCGAGCGAAGUUUAUGAAGUUGUAGAACAGCUGAAAACGCACUCUAUCACUCACCUGUUUUGCAACGACCAAACGACUCUGACGAAAAUGGAUGGUUUCAAAGAAUGGGAUAACCAAUUGCCGGGCGAGAUGCAUAUCAUGGUAUGUUACGAUGGCGUUCUGCCGGAUUUGGACAUCAAUAAGGUGCAACACAUCAUACAUUUUUCGCUGCCAAAAUCGUGGACGAUGUUCGCCCGCAGAUUUGCCUGUUCGUUUGGCUAUUAUGAAGAUCCACUCCGAGAGCAAGCCAACAACGGGCAACACAAACCGGCAUCGUCACUCAUACUUCUUGACGAGAACAACAAUGAACAACUGCCGAAGCUGGUCGAGUUUCUACGGAUACACAAUCAGGAGGUGUCGGAACCCAUCAUGAAGUUAACAAACAACAUUCGCAUCCAGCAGGAGGAGAAAAAACUCGCCAUCGGUAAUCCAAUAGACUUCUGCUCUCAAGUGUUGGACUUUGGAAAGUGUCGCAUAACAGGCUGUACGAAACGUCACGUUUUUACCACCAGAGAUCUAUCGUUGGGCAUUUUGCCUUCCAGUGGUAUUGUCAAACUGAAAAUUUACAACAUUUUUUCACCUACCCACUACACGGCUCGGGUGUUAGAGCACCGAGACUAUGGGGCCACCGGUUGGACCACUGUAAACGACGCACAGGAAUUUUUCGCGCUCGACAUGGAAAUUCAGACGCACUACGCAAAUGAAGAACUGCACUGCAGCCACGGCGAUGUGCAUUUCAAUGACUGGUGCAUAAUAUACGACGAGUUUCGGUACUGGCGCUGCCGAAUCAUCAGUAUCGAGCCUAAAAAAGAACACACUACAAGUAGAAAAAUAAAGGUUAAAUUGCUCGAUAUUGGUCGUACAAUUGAUUGCAUAUCGUCAGAACUGUUGCAUAUGCCGGAUGAGUUCUGUCGCCUUCCUGCGCAAGCUAUAGACAUCCGCAUCGUUGGUGUUGUUCCGCAUGAUUUUGAAACCGAAUGGGAUAAGAGAGUUACCUUGACGAUUCGUGAGUGGAUUGAUCAAUAUACCGCUAACGAGAAGUUCCACGUAGAGGGUAAGGUGAUGCUUGCGAUACGAGACGCAAUCUGGGUCGACACGAUACGGUUAGUCGAACAUUUGGACGGCAUCAAUACAGAUAUUCACGAAAUACACGUUAAAUCCCAGAUUGUGGGUAAAAAUUUCGGAGUGACAGACAAGGAACCACUUGAAUUAUUGACUGCGAUGGUAGAAAAUUGCGAAGCUUAUAGGAACCGAACCAACAAUGCGAUGGAGAUGCAAGAGGACGCGUCAUCCGACGAAGGUAUUGACAGUAGCAACAAAACAAAUACAAAUUCCGACACAAAUCAGUUUUUUCCUAACGACCCCAAGAUAAUGGAAAUAGAUAAACCCAAAACCCCUUCUCCGACGCUGUUAAAGCCUAUGGAAAUCAGCGAUACCGAUUCCGAUGAUUGCUGCUCGUCGGUGCCCGCACCGCAAAACGACACAAAACUGAUUCGAGCACUUGAAACGUUAGCUAUUUCCGAAAAUAAAGUUGAGCAACCGGUUGCAAGAAAACGACCAGAUUUCAAGGAAACUUAUGACGAGAUUGAAAUGGAAACAACUUAUGAGGUGUUCAUCUCACAGUACUAUGCUCCCAAUGAUUUCUAUCUGUGUCGAGUGGAUAAAUUCUCUUUCAUUUCGACAAUGAUUGGAAAUUUUGCAGAGGUUGAAACUAAUCUCGUUCCGCUAACGGACGCCCAAGUUGCGGAUUACUGUUUGGUGCUUUAUGAUAAUGCAUACCAACGUGCCAAAAUCACGGAUAUCGAGGCUCGCGACAUUCGUGUUUUCUUUCUGGAUCUCGGUGGUUAUGAUACGUAUGUCUCGGUAGAUCUUUUCGAACUACCCGAUGAUUUACUGAAGGCGUCACCUUUUUGUGCAAUUAAAGGCGAGGUAGCUUGUUUGCAACCACGCGAGGAAGAUUCUCAGCGAUGGGAUGCUGAAAUCGGAGACAAAAUCUACGAUCAAGUGCUUGCAAAUUACCGAACAUUCAACGCAAAAAUUGUGGAAAUUGUCACAAAACCUCACGUCGAUCCGCUUGUGCACUGUAAAUCGUACCGGUUAUUGUUGUUCGACCCUGAUAACGAUCUUGAAUCGUGGAUUUUCGAUGAAAUCGUCGAGCUUAAGUUGGCACGCUACAUCGACGAUGAAAGGCCUUACUCGGUUGACAUUAAUUUUGGUGAAGACGAUUUUCGUCAAUUCUUGGAUCCAAACUAUGAGCCGCAGAAGAAAUCAAAGGAUGUCGAAGAAGCACGGAUAGAGGAAAUUACCGAAACAGAUGAAGUUCUACAAUCCCCAAACCAAACUAAACCAGAAAAAGCUUCCACCAAGCUGACCUUGCUAAAGCAUCGCUUGCGAAAAAAGAAAUCCGAAAGUACUCCUGUGUAUCCACGUCUAAAAUGCGAUUUCCGUAGUCCUAAAACCAUUUGGCGACAAGAUGAGUCACUCAUAGUGAUCCGAAUUUCGUCUCCGGAAAAUGUAGUGUACGAUUUAGCAGUGGAUACCGACUCCUUACAGGUGUGUUACUUUCUCGAAGACGAAAAAUACCUCUUGUCGAUUGUGUUCUUUGCCGCUGUUCAGCCAGAGCUGACUGUUCACGAAGUUCGUGGUCUGUCGAUCGUUGUCCGUUUGGUGAAACUGAUUCCCUCAAUGCAUUGGCCAUCGGUGAUGCGCCACGGUGAUAGGGUCCCAUGGUUACAACAGUGCAUUGAAGUGCCACACUCGGAUGAAACGGACGCGACAGACGGAAUGCAGCGAGCUUUCCCAACGGUUCCUAAUCUUGAUGGUACGUCGGAUAGCUCCGAAGAGGAACCGGAUUUCAGCGAUCAGUUUGAUAAGUUCGACCCAAUAGAAGAUGAUUAUUUCAUGAGAGAUGAAUGAAGUGUUACUUAUACGAAUGUUUUAUCUUUAGAAUUUAGCUAUUUGAUACUAAGUAUCAGCUUAGGUUUGAAAAACCAGUUCCAUAAAUUGACAAAUACACGUAGGAUAACACUAAGACUAA